AUGAAUAAGGACGUGUGUAAAACGUUACAGGAUGUAAAGAAAUGGUUUUUUGAUGAAUUGGGCAGUAAUGGUGACUAUCAACUUAUAAAUGUUGAAGAUCUCAAAAAGCAUUGUAUUAGUAAAUGUGAUAAUAAUUUCGAUAAAAUUAAUGCUGUAUGUUUAUAUUUGUUGGAUCAAUUCUAUAAGCAUGAGGGUUUGUUACCCUCUCCUUCAAAAAGUAACCCCAAUAUUGUUGAUAACAUUUUUAUAUGGUUAAGUUAUAUGUUAAGCCUUGAUAAAACUAUUAAUUACGACGGUAUAAAGUAUUUUUAUAAAAAUUACAUAGAGAAACGUAAUACGUAUAAUACGAAAAUAGAUGACUUAAUUGUUUAUGAUACUUAUAAGGAACUUAUAGAUACUAGAAAGUAUUUGUUGAAUAUGGAUAGUAAUAUUGUAUCUAAAUUUUAUGAAGCACUUAUAUCAUUAUGUAACUUGUAUAAUGAACUUGAUUAUGACAAUACAGAUUGCAAGAAAUAUUUGGAUGAUAAUAGUGAUUUUUUUAAAAAAUAUCAAGAACUUGAGAAAAAUACUAGUAUUACUGGAAAUGAUUCAUAUAAUGAACUAUUGACCACUUUAUUAACUGAUUAUAAUGAUUUUAAAAAGGAAUGUAACCAUAUUUUAUCCUCUCUAUCGACAGAAAAAAAAGAUAAGGCUGGACUAACUCCUGGACUAAUUUCUGGACAAGAUUCUGGACUAGAUUUGGGAUUAUAUUAUGGACAAGAAUCUGAACCCAAUUCUGAAUCGAGUUCUGAAGCUACAUCAUCAAGUUCGUCGAUAACAAGCAAAUUAAUUCCAGUUUUAUUGAUACUUGGUACAAUACCAAUUUUUUUGGGAAUUGCUUAUAAGUAUUCAUUAUUUGGAUUUCGGAAAAGAGUUCAAAAACAUUUAAGAGAAAAGCUAAAAAAAUAA